AUUUAAUUUGAUUGUAUUCAAAAUAAGAUUUCCUAUUUGUUAUUUAUAUUUUACUUUACUAUUUACAUGCUACAACUUACAAGUAACACUAUUCUGUUCUUAUGAAAUGCUUUUCCAAUGAACCAUGAAUUCACUGAGAGAAUCGUCCGUUUGUUAAUGGAAGUGUCUACUUGUUUCGUUUGAAGUGUUUUCGUAACUAAUUUAAUUUAACGUUUUGUAUCUUGGUGCGAUUUUGUGCGAAAAUAUGGUCGAAGAAAAUCGAACAGGUUUUGGGCAAGUGGACAUCGUUGAUGAUGACAAUAUGAUCCGGUUGCCGCGACAGCGUAUUGUCGAUAUGUAUAAAAACGCUAUGUCGCGCGUUCGCGUUUUAGAAGCAAAGGCGAACGAAGCGACAAUGUGUAUUAGAUGUAACCUAUUGUGUGAUAAGAGAGAGCGAACAGACCAAGAUUUUCACAAAUUAGUUUUACGAGAAAAAUGUUUACUUAGAAAAUUGACCAUUAAAGAACAAGAAAUACAAGAUUAUGCUGCACAAUUGACAGCCAUGCGAAAUUCUAUUCAAAGCAAUUCAAUAUCUUCACUAAAAUGUUCAUUACAAGAUCCAGCAGUAAAUCUUUUAAUUCAAAAAUUACGACAAGAUCUAUGUGCUACGAAAAUUAGAUUAGAAGAAACUCAGAGCGAACUGAAUGCCUGGAAAUUUACACCAGACAGUAAUACUGGAAAAAGAUUGAUGGCAAAAUGUCGUUUACUAUACCAAGAAAAUGAAGAACUUGGUAAAGUGGUAAAUAGUGGCCGAGUAGCUAAGCUUGAAGGCGAAUUAGCAUUGCAGAAAAAUUUAAGUGAAGAAGUUAAAAAAUCACAGUCAGAGUUGGAUGAUUUUUUACAAGAUUUGGAUGAAGAUGUAGAAGGAAUGCAAAGUACUAUAUACUUCUUACAGAAUGAACUUCAGAAAUGUAAAGCUUCUGUUCAAAGUACUAACAAUUCUGCAAACGAUGAAAAAAAUCCAAAAUCUGUUCUUAAUGGUAUUAAAAAAGAUGAUAUUAGUACAACAGUGAUGUCUGUAAAACCAAAAAUUGAAAUACAAACUCAACUGGUCAAAAAUCUAACUAAACCUGAUAAUAAGUCCAGUAAAACUAACAAACCAAAAGAUUCUAAACAAUUAACUGAUGAUCAAAGUAAAAAAUCUAAAGCUAAAAAAAUACGACCAUCAAUAGCAGAAGGUACAAAUCAAAACGAGCAACCCCCUAAAGUACAUAAAAGUAAACACAAAUCAGAUGGAAGUAAAAACGAAGAAAAACGAAAGAAGUCUGAAAAAAGGCCUCAUAGUAAAGGUGAAGUGGUACAUAAAAAGUCAAAAAGUGAGCUUCCCAAAAAUGUUGAAGUUAAUACUCCUGUAGAUGUAGUUAAUGGACUUCCAAACGGUUCAUAAAUAUUGUUAAUUUAAUGUUAUAUUUUUUUUUAUCAAUAAUGGAUGUUGAUAAAAACUACCUAUUGAAUUAU